CUUAUUUUUAUCGAUAUAAAUGUUUACGUCAACAGAUUUUAACAGUAUAUAAACAGAAUGAUUACUCAUAUGGAUCAUAACAUAUCUGUAUUCCAAGGCACACAGACAGCAAGAAAUAUACUGUAAUAAAAGUAAAAGAUGGCUAUACCAGGUGGACCGAUUGAAAUAUGCUUUUCUUUUGAUACGACUGGAUCCAUGUCUGGCUGUAUCAAUGAAGUGAAGGGAAAUGUUCAGGACAUGAUACAACGCCUCCAAGCGGAUAUUCCUGGUAUUAGGAUGGCAGUAUUUGCUCAUGGUGACUACUGUGACAAACACAACUACAUCACGAAACAUAUUGACUUCUCUACAAAUGUAGCAGAAUUAUGUACUUGGGUAAAAAAUGUUGGAUCUACUGGCGGUGGUGAUGGUGAUGAAUGCUACGAACUUGUUUUACAAAACGUCCAAAAGCUGUCCUGGACACCAGGGUCAAAGAGGGCGCUUGUGAUGAUUGGUGAUGCUGAUCCACACGAACCUGGAUAUAAAUAUGGCGGGAAAACUUAUAAAAUAGACUGGAGGAACGAAGCAUACCAGCUAAUUACAAUGAAUGUUAGAAUAUAUGGCGUACAGUGCAGAGGUUAUAAUUCAACGAAGGACUUUUACAAAAAGAUAUCUACUGCCACUGAUGGCAAAUGUUUAGAAUUAGCAGACUUCAGCAACAUGUUUGACUUUAUGAUGGCAAUUUGUUACAGAGAACAUGAUGAAACUCUCCUACAGAAUUACGAGAAAGAGGUUCGAGCUAGAGGGUCGACGGUUCAUAAAGAUUUAGAUGCAUUAUUUGGAAAAUUGAGAUCAGACGCUGAUGUCAUGGAUACAGUUUCUGCUCCCAUUACAAAGAUACCAUCGUUGACAAAGCCGGGAUCUAUCAAAGGCCUAAAACCUAGCCCAAAGCCAGUUCUUAAGAAAACGUUAAAGACAAAGACGCCACGUUUCAAAUCAAAGCACGAUAAAUUGACGGAAAAACGGAAGAACAGGCUUUUUGAUAAGUACAAGCUAGAAAACUUGCCAAAACUUAAGAGGGAAAAUGUUCCAGAAACAAAUUUCAUGUUGAAAAGCGCACAUUGGUCAAAAUGGCAUUUAGCAAUGGCACCGUCUGUACCAGCUGACAAAGAACACAUGUGGGAAAAACGACAUGGGGAUUCAGAAGGAUACAGAAGGAAAGUAAUUUGUGGCGGACUUUACAAGAAACCAGCUUUAUACGAAUUCUCAGUGCAAACAGGCGAACGAUGCAAGAGAUACGUUGUUUACUGCAAGUCAAGUAAAGGUUUCAGUUUGGAUAGAGGAUCAUGGGAAACUAGAUUGUUGAAAAAGUCAGACGUGAAAUCUCAGAUUAAUGUCAUUUUGAAAAAGGACAUGCGAUUGUUUGUCAGGAGUUCUCCGUUAAUGAAAAGCCAUGAGAAACUACUUGCGUUGAAUCACUAUGACUACGCUUGGUCUAACAAAGGGCCAAUAAGAACUGUGAAACAUAUACAUGUAUAGAAAUAUAUAUAUGGUCACUCAUAUCGUUAUAAAUACUGAAGCAUUUGUAAUAAAUAAACAGCUUGGAAUAUAAUAGCUAACAAUACAUUAUGUCUCAGAUAAACUAUUAUACGUUUGUUACGCUAUGCAUAUUUCAUAACAGGUAAAUAAUUAUUCGUAAUUGUAAAUAAUGUCAAUAAAUGUUAGUUAAUUUAAAGUAGGAAGGCCCAUUUCAGUCACACUAUCUUCUGUGAUAAUCAUGAUAACUAAGGUUUUUAGUAGUGUAUAUCUGUAAAUAACUAUUAACUUGCUGUAUAUAUGUAUGUAUACACAAGUAAAUAAAAUAUACAUGUCCUGAAAUAAAAUAAGUAUCAACUUUGAAUA